UCAAACGAGAUCUGUCAAUGUCAUUUGUUGCUGCUCAUGUCCUGCGAUUUUUCUCGAAAAUCUCGAAAACGGUGAAUAAUUUGCUGCGGUCGAUUUAUUGAACAAUCUAAAGUGAUUUCUGUGUGAAACUCCCGCUGUGCUUGCGAUCGUUAUAGAGUAAUUCAUCGGAGAAUCGUGUUAGCUACGGCUAAGACGCGAAUCGUAUCUUGAGACAGCUGUCUAGUCUAUCGUGAGACCUCGUGCAUAGUUUGUCAUGGCUAAAUGGGGCGAAGGUGAUCCACGAUGGAUCGUGGAGGAGAGGCCGGACGCGACGAACGUCAAUAACUGGCACUGGACAGAGAAAAACGCCGGGCCAUGGUCGAAAGACCGACUCAAGGAGCUGCUGAAUAACUUAAAAAUAGCCCAAAAUGGCAUAGACUGUAAGAUCACUGAGGUGGAGAAGAUAGAGGGAGAAGCGACGGCGAAUAACAGGAAAGGGAAGCUGAUUUUCUUCUACGAGUGGGAUAUCAAGCUGAAGUGGGAGGGUUUGCUGGCUGGCUCAGCAGACAAAGUCAAGGGUGAGGUGCACAUUCCCAACCUCUCGGAGGAGAACGAUGUCAGUGAAGUUGAUAUAACAGUAACAAUUAAAGGUAGCGGUGAGGAAGCACACAGAGCCAAGGCGUUCAUGCACAAUGUUGGCAAGACUGAAAUACGGAAGCAGCUUCAGGAGUACAUCCGAAGUCUCAAAGAGGAGUUCUCCAAAGGCCUUAUCCUGCCAAAGAAGGGUGAAGCACCCAUAAAAGCAGAUAAUGUAUCCACAAUAACCAGUGGUUUCAACAAGAAAAUCAACAUGGAACCCAUAGUAUCCACGGAGAAGAAACAAAUAGGUUGUAAACUCGAUACCAAGAGUCUCGAGCUGUCGGAAAAGUUCCAGUGUAGGGCCCAAGAGUUUUAUGAUGCUAUGACUCGCAUAGAAAUGGUGACGGCUUUCACACAGGGACAUGUUAAAAUGGAGGCAGAAAAGGGGGGAAAAUUCUCCCUCUUUGGUGGCAAUAUUAGCGGAGAAUUCAGAGAGCUGGUUCCCGGCAAGAAAAUAGUACAGUACUGGCGAUAUAAACAGUGGCCCGAUCAACACUUUUCGGAAGUUACUUUCAAUAUUGACGAGAAGGAGGACCACACGCUAGUGACCAUCAAACAGGACCUGGUCCCAGCGGCAGAAGUGGACCAGACCCGGGAGAACUGGCGACGCUAUUACUUCGAGAGCAUGAAGCGCGCGUUCGGCUUCGGAGCCUUCCUGUGAUGAAGCUUAGCUUGUUUAGGUAAUAUUAUAAUAAAAAUCGUAAUCGCAACUCGGCGUGACACACAAUGUGCAAGAGUUUUGCGCCUUCCGACGUUUAGCAGUUACAGCUUGACUGACAGACAUACGUUAAACGUACAAAAAGCCGAACAGAUGAGUAAUCUUAUGAUUUUCAUUUUUUAAACAUACCAAGUAUGUUUUGCCUAGUAAGGUAAAUGACUAGUGUUUGGACAGUACUAGUUAUUGGACAGAGCA